AUGACGUCAUUGUACGGCUCCCGAAAACUGAUCAGAUACGGCUUAAAGGUAGCAGGGAACUGGGUGGGCAGAGCUGAAAACCAAGUGAGCCAACUCCUGGAGCGGUCCACAGGGAACACCUUAACCAGCUCCCUCCAGCCCCCCAAACUCUGGAGCCAUCACUGCCCUGGCAGGUUGAGGAAGCAGAGUUCCAGAAAGCGAAGCCCCGAGAGGAUCGCAGCCUUCGAGGUCGCGGGAGGAUCGGGGCCGUCGUCACCCUCGGCCGUUUCCUCGCUCGUCCCGAGGGAGGCUCAGCUGCCCGCGGCCGGCUGUCGCGCGCGGGUGUGCGCCCUGGUGCCUCCGCCGCGGGGAGGGGACCGGACCGGACCGGACCGGGGAGGGGACCGGACCGGGGGCGGGGGGCCCUGCGUGGCCUGGCCUGGCCUGGCCGCGGGCGGGAUGCUGGCCGGGGGCGCAGGCGGGGGCGGGGGCGGGGGCGGGGGCGCAGGCGGGCAGCCGCAGCCGGGCUCCGGUUCGGGGGGGGCGGCGCUGCCGCUGCUGCUGCUGCACCCGCGGACGGGGCGGCUGGUGACGGUGUCGCGGGGCGGGCGGAGCGCGGCUCGCUCGCAGCCGGGCCAGGAGUUCAACCACGGGCUGGUCCUCAGCCGCGAGCCCCUCGCCCCCGGCGCCGUCUUCACCGUCCGCAUCGACAGGAAGGUUAAUUCCUGGAGCGGCUCCAUCGAGAUCGGGGUGACGGCUUUGGAUCCGAACCACCUCGACUUCCCCAGCAGCGCCACCGGCCUCAAGGGGGGCUCCUGGAUCAUCUCGGGCUGCUCGGUGCUGCGGGACGGGCGCUCCAUCUUGGAGGAGUACGGCCAAGACCUGGACCAGCUGGGCGAGGGCGACCGCGUGGGCAUCCAGCGCACGGCCAACGGCGAGCUGCGCCUCUGGGUCAACGGGCAGGACUGCGGCGUGGCCGCCACCGGCAUCCCGCUCCGCGUCUGGGCCGUGGUGGACCUGUACGGCAAGUGUACCCAGAUCACCGUGGUGCCGGGCAACCCCGAGGAGGCGGACGAGGGGGCCGCCCACGAUGAAGCUCUGGACCUGCCUUGCAACCAGAAUCGACCCGAUAAAUUUCCCAACAGCCUGGAAUCGGAGAAUGGGUUCUCCAGCAUGGAGCUCUCGGAGGUGGUGAGCAACGCCAUCCUGUCGGCCUACAACGGGAGCCUUCUGAACGUCAGCCUCGGCAGCCCCCCCUCGGACUCCGCCCCCUGCGGGGCCCCGCCCAUGACCUCCAACGACGCCCUCCUCUUCCACGAGAAGUGCGGCACUCUCAUCAAGCUCAGCAACAACAACAAGACGGCGGAGCGGCGCCGGCCGCUGGACGAGUUCAACAACGGAGUUGUCAUGACCAACCGGCCACUGCGCGACAACGAGAUGUUUGAGAUCCGAAUCGACAAAUUGGUGGAUAAGUGGUCAGGAUCCAUAGAAAUUGGGGUCACCACGCACAACCCCAACAACCUGGAGUACCCGGCCACCAUGACCAACCUGCGCUCAGGAACCAUCAUGAUGAGCGGUUGUGGCAUCCUGACCAACGGCAAAGGGACGCGCAGGGAAUAUUGCGAGUUCAGCCUGGACGAGCUGCAGGAAGGAGACCACAUUGGCCUGACCAGGAAGUCCAACAACGCCCUUCACUUCUACAUCAACGGCAUCGACCAAGGCGUGGCCACCACCCUCACCCCGCUGGUGGUCUACGGCGUGGUGGACCUCUACGGCAUGGCCGUGAAGGUCACCAUCGUGCACAACCACAACCACAGUGACCGCCUCCGGCGCAACAACGCCAUCAUGAGGGCCCUGUCGCCAGACGUGGGGCGCCGUGCCAUCGACGCUGCCGGGAACGAGCCGGAACCGGAACGCCUCCUUUUCCACCCCAAUUGUGGGCAGAAGGCCGCCAUCAUCAACGAGGGACGGACGGCGCUGCGGCCCCACGCCACCGACGAUUUCAACCACGGGGUGGUCCUGAGCAACCGGCCGCUACGCAAUGGCGAGGUCUUCCAGGUGCGCAUUGACAAGAUGGUGGACAAAUGGGCCGGCUCCAUUGAGAUCGGGGUCACCACCCACAACCCCACCUACCUGCAGCUGCCCUCCACCAUGACCAACCUGCGAUCAGGCACCUGGAUGAUGACCGGGAACGGCGUGAUGCACAACGGGACGACCAUCUUGGAUGAGUACGGCCACAACCUGGACCGCCUGAAGGCUGGUGACACGGUGGGGGUGCUGCGCAAGGAGGACGGGACGCUGCACUUCUUCGUCAACGGGGUGGCGCAGGGCCCGGCCGCGUGGAACGUCCCGCCGAACAUCUACGCCGUCGUGGACCUGUACGGGCAGGCGGCCCAAGCAACCAUCGUGGAUGACACGGAUCUCCUUCCGCUUCCUGACGACGUCUCAGAGGGCAACAACCAGCUGUCUCCCAGCAGCCCCUCCUCCGUCGCCUCGGGGAGCGACCUGCGUUUCCACCAGCUGCACGGCAACAACGCUGUCAUCACGAACGGCGGGCGCACGGCCCUGCGCCAGAACUGCCGCAGCGAGUUCAACGACGCCAUCGUCAUCUCCAACCGGCCUCUCCGAGACGGGGAGCUGUUUGAAAUCAUCAUUCAGAAGAUGGUGGACCGGUGGUCAGGCUCCAUCGAAGCAGGCGUCACGGCCAUCCGUCCAGAGGACCUGGAGUUCCCCAACACGAUGACGGAUAUCGACUACGAUACGUGGAUGCUGAGCGGCACGGCCAUCAUGCAAGAUGGGAACACCAUGCGCAACAACUAUGGCUGCGACUUGGACUCGCUGACCACAGGGUCGCGCAUUGGCAUGAUGCGCACGGCCAAGGGCGACCUGCACUACUUCAUCAACGGCGUGGACCAGGGCGUGGCUUGUUCGGGGCUGCCGCCGGGGAAGGAGGUCUACGCCGUGGUCGAUCUGUACGGCCAGUGCGUCCAGGUGUCGAUCACCAGCGCCACAGGGCCCGUGGACAACAGCCUCUCCACCAGCAACAUCACGGAGAAGUCCUUCCCUAUCCACUCGCCAGUUCCCGGGGUGGCCCACCGUUUCCACAGCAGCUGUGGCAAGAACGUGGCUUUCCAGGACGAUGGGUGUCGGGCCGUGCGGGUGGCCAGCUACAGCCACGGCAUCGUCUUCAGCAUGAAGGAACUGAAGACGGACGAAAUCUUUGAGGUGAAGAUCGACGAGCUGGACGAGAAAUGGUCUGGGUCGGUGCACGUGGGCCUGACCACCCUGCUGCCCUUGGACGCCCCGUACGCGGUCACGGGGCUGCCGUCCUCCGUCCUGGAGCUCCGCUCCAAGGUCACUUGGCUGGUGACGGGCUCCGAGGUUCGCCGCAACGGCGUCCUCCAGAAGCAGAACUACGGGUGUUCGCUGGAGCGCCUCGGGGUCGGGAGCCGCGUGGGCGUGAAACGUGGCACUGAUGACACCAUGCACAUCUUAAUCGAUGGGGAGGACAUGGGGCCGGCAGCAACCGGCGUGGCCAAGAACGUCUACGUGGUGUUGGAUCUCUAUGGCCGAGUGACGUCUGUGUCCAUCGUCAGCUCCACCGUGCUGGAAGAGGCAGAUGGCACCAAACCCUCCUCGGUCACCUCAGAGCCCUACAGCGAGGAGGAGGAGGAAGAGGAUGCCACGCCGUGCGAGAAUGACGUGCCGGCCGUGGCCUCUUCCAUGGAGUUCCUGGAGAACCACGGCAAGAACAUCCUCCUGUCCAACGGCAACCUGACAGCAACCCGGGUCUCCAGCUACAACCAGGGCAUUGUGGUAGUGGCCCAGCCUCUCCCGCAACAGCAGCUUUUCCAGUUCCAAAUCGAUUCCCUGAAUCAGCAAUGGACCUCUUCGCUCUCGCUGGGGGUCAUCGGCAGCUCUCCCGAGCGGCUCAAUUUCCCCGCCACGGCCUGCUCCCUCAAACGCUCCACAUGGCUCCUGCAGCGUGACUCGGUCUUCCACAACUCCCUCAAGAUCUGCGAGAAUUACGGCCCCAACUUGGACACCUGCCCUGAAGGGACGGUGCUAGGCGUCUUGGUGGAUUCCAGCAACUGCCUCCACCUCUACGUCAACGGGAUGGACCAGGGCGUGGCUGCACAAGACAUUCCCAACCCCUGCUACGUGCUCCUCGACCUCUACGGGCAGUGUGAGCAGGUUACCAUCAUAACGAAUGACACUCCUGCGGUAGGAGCAGAGGGCACCGAUCCCCGUGUUCAGGGCGACAUGGAGAAAGCCGACAUGGUGGACGGUAUCAAGGAGAGUGUGUGCUGGACCCCCCCGGUAGACCUGAACACCAUGAAGACCUGUGAAUACCACGCCCUUUGCGCUCGCUUCAAAGACCUCCUCCUGCUGCCAGACGAUUAUUUCGCGGAAGACCCCAAGUUCAGCCUCUGCUACUGCGAGUCGUGUCACAAGCUGCGGGGCGACGAGGCCUAUUACAAGCGUGGGGAGCCCCCCCGAGACUACGCCUUGCCGUUCGGAUGGUGCCGCUUCAACCUCAGGGUGAAUCCGCGGCUGGAGGUCGCCAGUACCUGUAAGAAGUGGCACAUGGCCUACCACGGAACAAGCGUUGGGGCCGUGCGACGCAUGUUGGAUCAAGGAGAGUUGGUGCCAGGAAGCUCAUCCAUCUUGAGCUGCUGCCCGGUCAAAGCGGACCCACAGGGUGGCGGCGGAGGCAGCAGCAGCAGCGUGGGCUACCACGAGCCUGACGAGAACAGUUCGCAGAGCCGCGAGGAGCUCCAGCGCGUCUUGCUGUCGCCCACGCUGCGCUACGCUGGGCUGGAGCCUUUUGCCACCAAAGUGCAAUUCAAAGACCCAAAGUCUCACCGGCAGCACUCCGCCCAGGUGGCCUUCCAGGUGUGCGUGCGCCCCGGGUCCUACAAGGUGUGCACCCAGUCGCUGGCAGCCCCCGAACCCUUGGACCCCCGCUUCAGCGGUGCCGAAAUCGAGUGGGUCACCAAGGAGAAAGGCGCGACCGUCCUGUACGGGCUGCUCGUCCGUGUGGAGUGAGACCCUCCUCGCCACCCCUCCCACGGGAGGAGCCGGGAGCGCUACCAUGCCACGACGCGGCGGCGGGGGAAGGGGGCAGCGGCUCUUGCCCAAAACGGCCCUCCCCUGCGACCCGCCCUUCCACCCACAGGCUGGGUGAAGCUUGCGAGUCCAAAAGGUUUUGCGGCUACGACUGGCCAGUGGGCACAAGAGACUCGGAGGAGACCUCUCGAGGCAGAGGAUGGAGGGUCCUUCAGUGGCCACCGACGACGACAACGACGGCUUCUUUUCCUCCAUUUUUCCUUUUGCACAGAGACGAGACAAGCUAAG